GGUGCACGUUUACUUGUCUGCGGUAUGAUAAACCCAAAUAACCCAUAAACUUCCGCCAUUCGUUGUACCACUUCUCAACGGGCGUCCCACGGCGGAGGCACUCGUGGAGUGCAUGAAUAUGAUAAACAGUUCCCCGUCCAAAAGCCCAGGUGCCACGUUGCAUUUUUGUUAGCACCUGGUACAUAAAUUUCUCCUUCGCAUAUGGGUCUACUCCCUCUUUCUCCCAUUGUGCCGUCAAGAUGAACUUCAAAGAUGAAGUCAAUGUGGACGCUGUCGCCCGGGAUAGUCUGGAGAAGCUAGGCUACAAGCAGGAGAUGACACGGUCUCGAGGACUAGUACAAAUAUUGUUCACAAUCAUGGCAGUCCCAUUCGGUCUUGCAACGCCUAUAGCAACGUCGCUCAUUGGAGGUGGUCCAGCGGUAAUGAUAUGGGGUUGGAUCCUGGUUUCAGUCCUGACCCAAACCCUCGCUCUUUCACUGGCGGAGAUUUGCUCUAAAUAUCCUACAUCAGCAGGGACAUACUACUGGUGUUAUCGACUUGCGUCCCCCCGCACGCGACUUCUUUUCUCCUGGAUCAAUGGCUGGUUGACGGUCGUUGGUAGUUGGACAGCUGACUUGAGUGUCAAAUUUGCAACUGCUCAACUUGCUGUUGCCGGAGUCGGAAUAUAUUAUUCUGAAUGGGACGCGACAGCAUUGCAAACAUACAUGAUUUUCCUCGGCGUGACUGCUAUUGCUGGCAUAUUCUGCAUAUUUUUCAACAGGCUCCUACCAACCAUCGAGAUUAUUUGUGCUUGCUGGACGGGUUUAGGCAUCAUCGUUAUCUCGAUAUGCGUGUUAGCUAAGGCCGCAGUAGGCCGUCAUCCGGCCUCUUUCGCGCUCGGGAACUUCGAUCCCUCAUUUUCAGGAUGGACGCCUGGGUGGUCGUUCUUCAUCGGUAUAUUGCCGGCAUAUACAUUCUCCGGUAUAGGAAUGAUCACAAAUAUGGCCGAGGAGGUUUAUAACCCUUCUGAAAUACUCCCAAAGGCUAUCACCUGGUCCAUACCCAUUGGCACAUUAUCUGGCAUAUUGUUCCUUCUCCCAAUCCUUUUCACAUUCCCAGAUGUCGACACAUUGCUUCAAGUUUCUUCCGGUCAACCUAUUGGUGUCAUGUUUACUUUGAUCAUGGGCUCCAGGGCCGGUGGUUUCGGGCUGUGGUUCAUUAUAUUCGGUAUUGGUAUGUUUUGUUCAAUGUCCACGUCGUGUAUCGGUUCUCGUGCAACAUGGGCGUUCGCACGUGACAAAGCUAUUCCAUUUCAUCGGUGCUUCUCCAAAAUCGGCCCUUACUUUGGAGAUGUCCCCGUGAACGCGUAUGCACUCUCCACCGUGAUCCAAGUUCUCCUUGGACUCGUCUACCUCGGUUCCUCAGCUGCAUUCAACGCUUUUGCAGGAGUCGCCGUCAUGUGUCUUGGAGCAUCUUACGCGAUGCCCAUUGCCAUCUCGCUGAUGGACGCCCGGCGAGACAUGCAUGAUGCCCCAUUCAACCUUGGUAGCUUCGGUACCAUCAUCAAUGCAGUCGCGGUGCUGUGGAUCAUGUUUGUCACCGUGCUAUUCUCGAUGCCUGCUGUCAUCCCAGUAACGAUGUGGUCGAUGAAUUAUGCUUCGGUAGUGUUUGGGGGGUUCGGGGUGAUUAGUGCAGCGUGGUAUAUGAUCAACGGCCAGUUUUACUAUAGAGGACCUCCAAUCCAGGAAGAUUCAACUAGCUCGUCCGGAUCCUCGGACUCUGCUUUACAUUGAAAUAAUUCCGAGCGACAAUCGUGGAGAUACUAUCACCAAACGAUGGUGGUCAAGAUCAAGGUGUCAGCGCAUGGUAGCUCUCGCCUUUCGGUCUCCCAUGCAUAUGAUUGUGGUUAUUAUAGCAGUUAAGCCAUUGUGCAGAGUCUGUAGACAUGAUGUUUGUGUUACACUAGACUAGAUGUCGCAUGGUGAAAAACCCCAUUUUUUUCAAAGCAAGAGCCUAG